UCCAUUACAAAUUUUUCUCUCAUAUGUGCGGUUACUAAGCGUUCAAAAUGGCAGAUGAUCGAAGCUGUUGAUGUGGUGGUAAUAUUCUUCUUGAGAUCAUUUUGGUUUUAACAUAUCCUUAUGGAAACAUGUACUGGGAUAGAAGACGAUGCGUUUUUUGAAUCAGAUGAUCUUGGACUUGGUUUUGGUUUCAAACCAGGUGGAUUGCCACCACUUCCUCAAACCCCACGACGGUCACCAGACGGGAAAUCAGCUGUUGAUCAAAACACGCAAAAGUUAUACGAAUCGUUACCGAAUUCCCCUCUAAAAAGCCCUGAAGAAGUACAGGAAUCGUGUGCCAACCAAGAAGAAGCAGUAAAAGAUAUUAUUUCAAAGCUAACGUCAUGGAAAAUCUCUAGUUUUCUUGAAAAAUUUACUUCGUUAACUCUCCCAAAGAGGUCGAAAGUCGACGACAACAUUACAGGUGGCAGUCAGCAUCCGUCUUGUAAAAAGUGCAGAAAAAAAUCCACUGUCAGGAAGGGAAGACGACGAAGAAAUAGUGACAGUGCUUUAGAUGAUAAUAGAAUUGAAAGCAAAGAAUGUUUAAGAAGGACGAAAUCAGUUAAAGAGAAAACUUGGCAUUAUUUUCAAGACAAAGACUACAAACGACUGCAGAACAAACUACAGAAAGCGAAAGAGGAAAUCGAAACAUUGACUGCUAACCUGGAACACUGUCAAAAGGAGCUUCUUGAGAAGUAUGGCGCUGUUAAAGCAUUACAUAUGCACUCUCGUCUGGAGCAGGCACAUCAUCGCAGGAUAACGAAGAAGGCUGUUGAUGCUAGCAAACAACUAGAACAUGAUGUAAAUAUGCUUCAAUGGGAACUUGAAUUAAAGCAAAGUUACCUGAUGGACAGUGAGCAGACAUGGGCUCAGAGAUUUGACCGAGUUGCGUCAGAGAAUGCUGCUCUUCUUGUCGCGCUCCACACCAGGUCAGAUGAGCUUCGCAAGCUUGCCCUGGACAGAAUAGCCUUGGUACGAGAAAGAGAUGAACUUGUAGCUGCUCUUGAAGUAAGGGACAGAAUUAAAGGAGAAUCGUCACCUGCAGAGGAUGGACCCUAUUCAAGUGAAGAAGUUAUAGCUGAGCUUGCAACACUUGGUGCCUGUCAGUGUCGUGGUCACAACCAGGAACCAUGCUCAUGCGCCAGGGCAGCUGUGGAAGCCAAGAGAGAGUUUGGGAGAAUUACGAAACAGUUAGAGAUUUCCCGCCACAAUGAAGAAGAAGCGCGGCUUACUGCUGAUGCUUAUCGAAUCGCGUUUGAACAACAACUCAACAAGAACUCUUCUCUCAUCCAUGAGCUCCUUCACAAGUCUGUCCCAUGGACAAAAAGUCUUCUUUCAUCGAGAAGAAAAGCAAAACACCAAGACACAGCUGAAAGCAGCGAAGAAGAAUUCAUGAAACUAAUGAGAUCACGUGAUGACAAACUCGUUCAGCGAUUGGUUGAUAUGCUGAGUGACAAAAUGGAAGCGUUAGCGCAUCAGAAAAUGGCUACUAAAAUGCUGGCGAGUAAAAUACGCGAACAAGAACAAGUAAUUAAGAGACUGACAACACAAGAACGAGUCUUUUUACCGGCACAAGAGGUACAGGACUAUGAACCAGAUCCCCCGGUUAGCGUGUAGAGGCGAGGCUCAACAAGCCACAAGACUGGACUGUGAAUAUAUGAUGGACAUUUUGAUAAUGUUGUUUUAAAUAGUCCAAACUCAGAUACGCUACAAUCAAUAGACUUGUCAGUCAUUCAAGAAUUUCUAAAUUGACCUCACCUGUUUCAGGGAGGUCUAACGGAUAUACAUAAUGUCAUAAAAAGAAUUUAUUUAUGAAUGAUUUCAAAUUAAUGUAAGCUAUUUUAUGUAAGAUAUGGUGUAUAGUUCAUGAAAUGAUAAAAUAUUUAAACGUAUAUUAAGAUACUA